GUAAAGAAUCAAGACAAUUUGGCAUAAAAUUACUUGAAAAACGAGGCUCGCUGCUCAAAUGGCGACGAUAACUACUUAUUGCAUCGCGCCUGGAUGCAAAAACAACUCAAAAGUCACACAGGGCAUUCAUUAUCAUCGCAUAAAGGACGACUUGAGAUGGCACAACUUUUGCAGUCUGAACCGAGCAAACAAAUUUUCCUUCAUUUUGUGUGAAAGACCCGAGAUUUCAUUGUGUUCCGCUCAUUUUCGCAAUUCAGACUACGAAAAUCGCGAAACUGGAGUGCUUAAAGAUGCUGCUUCUCCAAGCAUUUCAACUGAUUUUGAAGAGACCCAAGAAAUGUGUUAUCUUGUGCUUCAGUUCAUCUGCUGAAACGACUUUGACGCCAAUUGAUCCUGAAACGCUAAAAGAGCUUGAAUCCAUGAAUGUCGGAUUUGUUCAAGUACAAAAAAUUCCUUCUAAACUCUGCGAUUCUUGUUCCAUUGAAGUUACGAAAAUUUCGACGUUCAUUGCUCGUGUUAAAAGUGCGAAUGAUUUUUGGCGCAGAUUUGGAUUGAAUAUCGGAGUUGUAAUUUCAAGAACAGCGAAUGAAGGAGCAACUAAUGUUGUAGGAAGUUACGGGUGUCCCCAUUGUGAAAUGAAGUUAAACGACAAGGACUUGCUUUUUCGGCAUGUUUGGAAAUUUCAUGCGAUUAAUGCUGAAGACCCAAGUACAUGUUCUGUCUGUAAGAAAACCCUAAAAUCCGAGAAUUACUGCCGAAACCAUUAUUUAGUGUCACAUUACGAAGGAAUUUCGUAUGAACAACUAAUUUGCAGCGAAUGUGGAUAUAUUGGAAAAACUUCGAAGCACAUGGAUUUCCAUAUGAAAUACUCUCAUGACAUCGUCAAUGAUGAAAAAAUCCGUUGUGAAUGGUGCACUGUUACAGUUACGUCGAUGGAACGACUCGUUAACCACAUGCAGUUACAGCAUCCGGAAAAAGUAAUUCCUGAGCCGGAACCUCAUCAAAAAUUGGAAGAAUCAAAACCAACCACUGCUGUAUUUAACGACGAUUCAAUGGAUGUCGAUCGCGGUUGGAGUGACGACGAUGACGAACCAUUACAGCUGAAGCAAGAAAAACAACCUGAAGCAAGUACAAGUCUCCCAUUGGUCCUGCAAGAAAAGAAAAAGGAAAAAAAGAAAUAUUAUUACAAACGAAAUACUUCGACUCUCGACGAUGUCACGCACAAAUGCCCCGAAUGUGAAGUCGAAAUCACGGGAAAACCUCAAAUGGCGCUCGGAGGUCUUCGACGUCAUUAUUGGGUUCGUCACGGAAGACUACCAGACACACCGAAUGUUUGUCGUGAUUGCGAAAAAUCCUACAACACCGAGCAUUUGUGUCGCAUGCAUUACUUCAACCAUCAUUUUGAUCAAACCGCUUCGUGUGAAAUAUGCGGAAAAUCAGGAAUGACCAAAUCGCAACUUCACAUUCACAAAAUUCAUAAACAUAUGCCGCAAGAACCCAAAGUACCACUCAUCGCAUGUCGUUUUUGCAGUCGAAAAUUUAAAACAGAAGAACUGAGAAAUGAUCAUGAGAGAGAACACGCGCACGAAAAUCGACCGUUCGUGUGUCAGGAAUGUGGAAAAUUUUACGCCAAUGAAAAUUUGUUGAAGCAACACAUGGAAAAACAUUUAGGUAUUACAUAUCCAUGCACUGAAUGCGGAUUGAAUUUUGCUACUUCAAGUGUCCUGAGACAACAUUCUUUUACACAUUUUGAAAUACCGCCCUACGGAUGUGCUAUUUGUAAGAGAAAUUUUAACCAAUUGGGAAAUCUCAAAGGACACAUCUUAAAGGUUCACGGCUCGUUCGACAAAGAUGUGAUCGAUAACGAGCUCGUUGUGCGAAAUUCAACUGCACCGCCAAGGGGGAAAGGUUCAGCAUUCAGAAAAAAGCGAAAACGUAGAGAAGAAGUAAUCGUUGAUGAUGAUUAUUACCAAGAAUAUGAAGCCUCGACUUCGCAAUCAUCGCAUUAAAAUCUCAAAAUUUCAACGAUAGAUGUUUAUUUAAGCACUUUAAAGCAAGCAAAACUACUUAAAAAUUUCAUAAAUUUUCAUCAUAAGGAACAGUUUCUUAUUGCUUUUUGACACUCUGUAACAUGUAUUCGAGUAAAUCCUUGCCGU